AUGGCUACGCCCACUUCCACCCACGCGCCGUCUGACGCAUUGCUCGCCGAUAACAAUCACCCUGCCCGUCGUAGCUCCCUUGGAUUCCUCCGCCGUUCGAAAUCGACGGAGCCUCUGGGGGAACGCAAAUCCUCAGGCAGCCGCAAGAAAAUGAACAAGACGCAGGCCAUGGAAGAUGAACUUCGCCGUCAACGUGACGCUUACGCUCCAAAGAACGCCCCUCGUUUGCCUGACCUAGCCUCCACACCCCAAUUGGAAACCUUUGGAGGCGAGGAACGUGAUACUUUCGCAGCUCCUCCCACGAUGCCUCGUCCCCAGUCCGGUACUGCCACCCCAAGCAUGUCAACAAACUCUCUUUCUCAGGCCGUGGACCCAUAUGCUCGUACAGAGAGUAUGACCCAUCGUGGCCGAUACAGCUACGCGAGCAGUGCCAUGAGCAACAUCAACAGUCCCCGUCGGAUUCGUCGUCGCAAAGACCCCACUCCUUACAAUGUGCUGGUCGUUGGAGCGCGCAACUCUGGCAAGACGUCAUUCCUCAACUUCCUCCGUACGGCCUUGACGAUGCCCCCGCACAAACAUCCCUCGCGGAGCCCAGAAGAGUUGGAAGAGCUGGAGCGACAAACCUCAGCCUACGAAGGGUUUACCUCGCAAUAUCUAGAGACAGAAAUCGAUGGUGAGCGCGUCGGCCUGACCCUGUGGGACUCUGUGGGCCUGGAACGCAACAUUGCAGAUCUCCAGAUGCGAGCUGUGACGGGCUUCCUGGAGAGUAAAUUCGAAGAGACCCUGGCCGAAGAGAUGAAGGUGGUGCGCUCCCCCAAUGCUCGGGACACUCAUAUUCAUUGCACGUUCUUGUUGCUGGACCCGGUUCGUUUAGAUGAGAAUAUUGCUGCGUCCGAGCGCAUUGCCCAGGGCACUGCCAAAGUCACCGAUGCGCCCGUUGUCGGCGUAUUGGACCAGAACCUGGACUUGCAGGUCCUGCGAACCAUGAUGGGCAAGACCACGAUUGUGCCUGUGAUCAGCAAGGCGGACACCAUCACCACCGCACACAUGGCAUUCCUGCGCAAGGCAGUCUGGAGUAGCUUGAAGAAGGCUAAUAUCGACCCUCUGGAGAUUCUGACGCUGGAGGAUCAAGAUGAAUAUUCUUCGUCGGAAAGUGCGGAUGAGGAAGAAGCGUCUGUGCACCAAGAGACGCCCGGGACCCCUGACAGAUCUGCCGCUGCAGCAGUGAUGUCUGACCACAAUGGGACCGAGGCGGUAGUUGAGACAUCGGGUGAAGCGAAUGGAGAUGGACAGUCCCAGCCGCGCGUUCCACAGUCGCCCUCUCAACGCAGCCAAAGCUCUCUGGGUGCAUCCUCUUUCAACCCACACGUGCCCUUCUCCAUCCUCUCCCCCGAUCCGCACUCCCUGGCAUCUGGGGAGCAGCCCGUGGGCCGACGAUUCCCCUGGGGCUUCGCUGAUCCGUAUGACCCCGCGCACUGUGACUUUGUGCGACUCAAGGAUUCGGUCUUUAGUGACUGGCGCGCCGAGAUGCGCGAAGCCAGCCGCGUGGUCUGGUACGAGCGCUGGCGAACCAACCGUCUCAAUCGCAAUGGACAACCCACUUCGUCGCUGCCUGCGAAGAAGUCGUAUGGAGGUCGCAUGGGACCCGGUGCGGAUGGCCGCCGCACGCGGUAA